UCCUUCUCUCUGGGACCUAAACUUGUUUCAGGAAAAAGCGCCUGAACAUAUUUUUCUGUGGGAGAAACAGGACAGACGUCGGUGCCAAGGAGAAGGCGUAGACUUCCUCCAAACAUUUCCUCCGCCAUCUCCGCUUUUCAAGACUUCACGAGCCUUCGCCACGAGCGGACUUGGACUUUGUUUUCUUUCCACGCGCGAACACUAAACACACCUGGACUCUUGUUUGCGCUCGUGUCUCGGUUGGUGCCGCUCGGAUCUGGGUCUGGAUCUGGAGGUUUUUGUUGUGCAGACAUGGACUGGGGAUCGGACCUUUGGGACCAAUAUGAUGUCAUUGACAAACAUACGCAAUCAGGUCUCGAUCUGGUGGAGCGUUACAUAAAGUUCGUGAAGGAAAGGACAGAAAUAGAACAAAGCUAUGCCAAACAACUCAGGAGUCUAACAAAGAAGUACACCAAACGAGGGAGCAAGGAUGAGCAAGACUGCAAAUUCAGCAAUCAUGCAUCAUUCCAGGAAAUCCUGAAUGAGUUGAAUGAUUACGCCGGCCAACGGGAGCUCAUCGCCGAAAACAUGAUUACUGGCAUCUGUGUCGAACUCACCAAGUACCUUCAAGAACUUAAACAAGAACGCAAAACACACCUGUCUGACGUCAAGAAGGCCCAGCAGAAUUUAGAGGCCAGCUUUAAACACCUAGAAAGUACUAAGAAGCGCUUUGCCAAGGAGUGGGCGGAGGCUGAAAAAGCGACACAACAAGCAGAGAAAACGGAGAACGACCUCAAUGCCACCAGACUCGAUGUUGAAAAAGCCAAGCAUAAUGCCCAUGCCCGCACACACACAGCAGAGGAGUGCAGGAGCGACUACGCUGCACAGCUCCAGAAAUACAACAAGGAACAGAACUUCUUCUACUAUACAGAGAUACCGCAGAUUUUCAAUCAAUUGCAGGACAUGGAUGAGCGGCGAAUCCGACGGCUGGCAGAGGGCUACUGCCAGUUUUCAGACAUUGAGAAAAACGUGCUGCCCAUCAUCUCUAAAUGUCUGGAGGGAAUCUCUACAGCAGGGGGCAAAACUAAUGAGAAACAGGACUCAAUGCUAUUCAUCGAGCAGCACAAAUCUGGUUUCGAGCGACCUAGUGACGUAGAGUUUGAGGACUACUCCCAAGGAAUCAAACCAGCAACCUCUGACUCCAGCCUCAACCCACCCAAAGUGCGCGCCAAGCUCUGGCCUUUCAGCAAGAAGCACAAGACAUCGCAUGCUGAAAAACACAUGCUGCCGGCCGCAGAAGAUUUCUCUCACCUUCCUCCGGAGCAGAGGAAGAAGAGGCUGCAGGGAAAGAUUGAUGACAUCAACAAAGAUCUGCAGAAGGCACAGGACCAAAGUGAUGCACUGGAGAAGAUGAAGGGCGUAUAUGAGCAGAAUCCACAGAUGGGAGACCCUUCCAGUCUGGAGCCACAAAUCACAGAGACUGCCCAAAAUAUAGGACGCCUGAGGGGGGAGCUCGCCAAAUACGAGUCAUGGCUGUCAGAAGCAAUAGGAGGAGAGGAAUCAUCCAACACCAUCAACAAUAACACACAACACAGUGGUGUAGCUGCUGACCCGACUCAGAAUAUCUACACGGAGUUUGACGACGAGUUCGACGACAUAGAAACUCCCAUUGGCCAGUGCACGGCUCUGUACACCUUUGAAGGCAACAGUGAAGGCACCAUUUCCAUUACGGAGGGAGAGCUGUUGAGUAUAAUGGAAGAGGAUAAAGGAGACGGAUGGAUGAGAGUCCUUAGAGCCAGUGGAGAGGAGGGUUAUAUACCUUCCUCUUAUGUCAAACUCACCCCAUAAUACUCACUCAAAUACACACACCUUCAGAGCCUGUGAUGGAAAACAAGUUAAGAGCCAAAGGUGAAAACAAAGUCAACCACGAUAAUUGGAGCUGUUCUCUACAUCUUUUAUCUCAGCCAGUGCCGUGUAUGAUGAGAUGAGAGGGAGUGAUUAUAAAACUUGUUAUCGAGGCUGAUUCUCAUAUCAUGCAGUUCCUGUUUCUGCUCGCUCUGCCUUAACAGAUUGCCUCUGAGAACAGGCUGUCUGAUCUUCAUAGAUUUCAGUACUUUUAAAAAAACAAA